AUGACUAUUAAGUUGGUCAUUGGGGGUUUUACGGUGCACGUCUGUAGAGCUUACGCGCCACAGGUGGGCCUGGGCGAGGAGGAGAAGAGGAGUUUUUGGGAGGUCUUGGACGAGGUGAUUCAAGGCGUGCCUAGUUCGGAAAAGCUUUUCUUAGGAUGGGACUUCAAUGGGCAUAUCGGGCAUUUGCCGAUAGGAUACGAUGAUUUGCAUGGUGGCUUUGGUUUUGGUGAUAGGAAUGAUGAGGGUACUUCUCUGUUUGAUUUUGCUAGGGCCUUUGGAUUGGUGGUAGUGAAUUCCAGCUUUCCGAAGAAAGAAGAGCAUCUGGUUACUUUCCGUAAUAGGAUAGUCAAGACCCAGAUUGACUUUUUGCUGCUUAGAAAGGAGGAUAGAGCUUUGUGUAAGGACUGUAAGGUUUUCCCGAAUGAGAAUCUUGCGACCCAACAUAGACUUCUGGGGAUGGAUUUGGUUAUUAAGAUGGGCAAGAAGAGGAGGGGUGGGGAGGGUUGA